ACAAACAAUAGCUUUUGUCUUUGGAAAAAAAAAAUAAAAAAAUCAGGUCGACACCUAUAGAUGAAACUGAUAUUUUUGAAAAGCAGUCCUGUCUGCUACGACAUGUGUAAGUAAUAGGCUUAACUGAUUAAAAUUUAAUCUAGUGUUUGGUGGUUGUCUAAGAUAGGUUAAUUGGAUGCCUGACCGCCGCCAUUAAAUCUCCAGUUAUACCUCAGAGCACAAACUAGAACAAAACAUUGUUUUAAACGAGCUAAUAAAGUAAAAAGAAACAAUUAUGGCGAUUCUCAAAUAUAUCCUUAGUUUGAAAGGGAAUUGAGGGAAUUAAGGCCUAUAUUUGCCUUUUCUCUCGUUUUGGCAUUAUGGAAUCUCAUCAAAACAACAUCUAGCUGCCUCUAGCACACGGAAAACAACGUUUCAAACAACUCUUAACAACUUUCGGCCGUGCUUACUAAAUUAGUGUUUUAUUUAUAUUCUUGCUUUUGGGCUUUUCAGCACCUCCCAGUGGAUUACAGCAGGAUUGGUUUGGUUCAUAAUGUCUGGUCGGGGGUUUCAUUCACAGCUUCCGCUAACCAAAACGGUUACUGUUUUCAGGAACGGAGAUGCUUUUUACCCCGGCCGAAGGUUUGUCAUCAGUCAACGCCAGUCAUACACUUUUGACAGCUUUCUGAACACUGUCACUCGAGGCAUCACAGCUCCGUUUGGGGCAGUGCGAAACAUUUACACCCCUAACAAGGGUCACAGGGUGCUGAAUCUGGAGCAGCUGGUGCACGGAGAGAGAUAUGUGGCAGCCGGAGCAGAGAGACUGAAAAAACUCCACUAUCAUCAUCACAUAACACAGAAACCGCCAAAAAAGAAAAGUGAACUGAUCCAACCUGUAGUUCACAGCAGAAUAAUAGUCCCAGCCCGAUGGAAGAGAAUCAGUAAUGAGUCGUGCACCAUCAAUGUUUUUACCAAUGGAGAUAUCUUGGUUCCUCCAGCACGGGUGCUGAUUCCCAAACACACGCUUGCUAGCUGGGAAAACGUACUGGCCAUGGUGACCGAGAAAGUUCACCUUCGCACUGGAGCUGUGCACAGGUUGUGCAUGCUGAAUGGGAAGCCUUUACGUGGAGCAUAUGAGCUGCAGAACAACCACUGUUAUGUUGCUGUAGGGGCAGAGAGGUUCCGGUCUCUGCCGUAUCAUCUGGCUCCAAGCAAAGGAGUAAUCCACAGCCUCACUGAUGUGAUCAACAAUGGCAUUCUUCCAGCCCUAAAAAAAGGAAAACAAGACAGAACUUUGUUCGCAAAACCAGGAGUGGACAUCGGCGGCUCGGUUUUUUAUGCCGAACAGCCCGGGCAGGGCUCGAAAAUCCCAGAUCUCUUCGCUACGCCUGAAAAAAGUGUCUUCAGAGCCACCAACAAAAGGAAGGAGUCUGUAGUAGCAUCUGAAGUCCUGGAAGAUGAAAAUAUGAAGGUGGAUCUUCCCAUAGAACAGAUGGAAGUAAAAGAAGUUGAGGAGGAAGAAAACUCCCACAAAGACCCCCGACCAGAAAGUGGUGGUGACAGCCCUUCCAAAAACCUCCCAACCCAUCUAAGCUCAUCCCCUUACAGAACCAAUAAGGUCUAGGAGAAUUUAGUUUGCACCCUAGUAAUGCCUUCUCAGCAUAGGAUCUGAAUGUCGGAUCAGCCCGUUCUUACUUUAGUUUUCUUUACUGUGCUUUGACCAGUCACUUAGUAGUAAAUGUCGUAGUAAUGUAGUAAACCUAAACACAAUGCCCAUCAACAGAUCUCAGAACAUACCUCAAAUAUGAAGGAGUCAGAAGGAGACCUCCAACUUAAAGGGUUAGUUCACCCAAAAAUGAAAUUUCUGUCAUUAAUUACUCACCCUCAUGUAGUUCCAAACCUGUAUGACCUUUGUUCAUCUUCUGAACA